UAGGGUUAAGUACUUGAAUUCGUCCCCUCCGUUGCGCUGUCGAGCUUAGAUUCUGAGUUGCUUCCAUAGCCGGCGCUGAACGACAUGGCGGACAAGGCAGUCACAAUCAGAACCAGAAAGUUUAUGACUAAUAGGCUUCUCUCUAGGAAGCAAUUCGUUGUUGAUGUCCUUCAUCCAGGGAGGGCUAAUGUUUCCAAGGCUGAACUGAAGGAGAAACUGGCAAGAAUGUAUGAGGUGAAGGACCCUAACACUGUAUUUGUCUUCAAGUUCAGAACUCAUUUUGGUGGUGGCAAGUCCACUGGGUUUGGCUUGAUUUAUGAUACAGUUGACAACGCAAAGAAGUAUGAGCCUAAGUACAGGCUUAUCAGGAAUGGACUUGAUACCAAAGUAGAGAAGUCGAGGAAGCAAAUGAAGGAGAGAAAGAACAGAGCUAAGAAGAUUCGUGGUGUAAAGAAGACCAAGGCUUCCGAUGCUGGUAAGGGUGGAAAAAAGAAAUGAGUUUUGAGACAUCGUGUUCUGAUUUCAAGGUUCUUUUGCUUUUGGUAUUUUCUAAUGGUUAUUUUAUUUUCUAAUAGCUUUUCUAGAAUGAGAUAUUUUGCUGUAAGUGUUAUCCUACUUUAAUUGAUGCUCAGUUAUAACUUGAGAUCGAGUACUGGAAUGAUCAAUUUUGAGAAUUCAGUUGAACACUUUGUUUCUUUCAUUUUUUUAGUAGAUUGUGAUAAUGAAUUCUAAUGUUGCUUGAU